AUGGUGAGUUUCUCCAAGCGCAAAUCUAGUCUGUUAAAAAAUGUGAUUGAGUUUCAGAAAUUGACGAGACAAGAGGUUGGCGCCGUAGUCUUCUCCCCCGCCGGUCAAAUGUACACCUCCAUCAACAACAACGGGGGGCCCUCCUCCUUUGAUGUUAUUGUUGACCGAAUCCUGCAAGUUGGCGAUCCCACGAUACAAUUACAACAAGAUAUCAGGAUGAGGACGACGACUAGGGAAUCAUCCGACAAGAGCGACGACGACUCUGCGUUCUUGAUCGGAUGGAUUCUCAAUCUAAUGGGUUUAGAUGAUGAUCUUGAGUCCGAUGAUUUACAAUUGCUGGCGUCCAAGAUGGCGGAUCUCGAGAGGAUUAAAGAGGAGGUCGACAGCCGCAUAACUUCUUCUUAA